CUAAACACCAUCUGCAGCUUUAACUCCAUCCCCCUAAGCUGUGAAUCCCCGAAAAAAAGAUUUGUCGCAGUUUCACCUCUUGCACGUCCAUUGUCUCUUGAAAUACUGGUCUCUCAUUUCCAGUCUCUCCUCUCAGUCAUCUGCGUCUGUUUCUAGAUUUCUUUGCGCGUCUUCAGUCCUUCACAAUGGCCGCCGCAGCCCCCAAGGUCAACACCGCUCUUGAGACUCCCACCGAGCCCAAGAAGCUCUCUGGUGUUGCUCUGUACAGCAGAUUCGCCUUCGCUGGUGCUGUCUGCUGUUCCAUCACUCACGGCGCUUUGACUCCUGUCGAUGUCGUCAAGACCAGAAUCCAGCUUGACCCUGCCACAUACAACAAUGGCAUGAUCGGCGGUUUCCGAAAAGUCAUUCAGAAUGAGGGUGCUGGUGCUCUUUUGACCGGUAUUGGCCCGACCUUCGCAGGUUACUUCCUGCAGGGCGCAUUCAAGUUCGGAGGUUACGAGUUCUUCAAGCAACAGUCCAUCAACCUCCUUGGCUACGAUACCGCGAGAAAUAACCGCACUGCCGUCUACCUUGCCUCCUCUGCCGCCGCCGAAUUCUUCGCCGAUAUUGCUCUCUGCCCCCUUGAGGCCACCCGUAUCCGAUUGGUUUCCGAGCCCACCUUUGCCUCCGGUCUCGUUUCUGGUUUCACCAAGAUCUUGAGAAAUGAGGGUGUCGGUGCUUUCUACAGUGGUUUCGGUCCUAUCCUGUUCAAGCAGGUUCCUUACACCAUGGCCAAGUUUGUCGUCUACGAAAAGGUUGCUGAGGCUGUCUGGAAGAACUUGGUUGACCAGAAGACUGCUUCGGACGGUACAAAGACUGCUGUCAACCUGGGAUCUGGUCUGAUUGCUGGUUUCGCUGCUGCCAUUGUUUCUCAACCCGCCGACACUAUGCUUUCCAAGAUCAACAAGACCAAGGGUCUGCCCGGUGAGAGCACUACCUCUCGAUUGAUCAAGAUCGCCAAAGAGCUCGGCCUCCGUGGCAGCUAUGCUGGUAUUGGUGCCCGUCUGUUUAUGGUUGGUACUUUGACUGCUGGUCAAUUCGCCAUCUAUGGUGACAUCAAGAGACUUCUUGGUGCCACCGGUGGUGUUGAUAUCGCGAAAUAGAUUCUUGGCUAGAUCGGCCGGAUUCUUCGGCUGAGAUUAACGGUUUCAAUGCAUCUUCAGACUCGUUGAGCGGCGUUUGUUUUCAGCAUGCAGACAGCAUGAGGGACAAAACACAGCCAUUAGAGAUACUUCGGAUUUCUAGAUUUCUGGGGUCUACCAUCGGCGGAUGAUACACCUAGACGUGGACAAGCAAGUUGGGAGGAGUUCUGCAAAAUUGACUGGGAUAGAGUUUUGAGGUGGAAAAAAAGACCUUAGAUUCCCUUCCCGAAGACAUCCAAAAGUUGUCUUUGCAGAUUAGACGAAGCGUUUUGUACCCAUACUUAAUGCCACAAUAUGCUUGUGCCUGGAAUGUCAUUCUUCUUUUGCGCCGCCUACUCUCUCAACGAGGCUGCUGGACAGGCAAGCGGCUUUUUCCUACAAGACAUUGUAGAAUAAUCAUCGGGCUGUUUGUUGGUUCGUAUCAAUCAUUAC